AUGGGCGUCAACAUUCUUGCUCUUCUGGCAACCUUGCCUCUUUGCAUCAAUGCAGCACCAAACUUUUUACCUCGUCAAUCCUCCCAAGACACCGCCACAGUCAACCUAACAACCGGUGCUCGCCGCGGAGCUCCCCAAAACCUGGCUGCAGGCGUGCUCUACGGAAUCCCAGAUGACCCAACUCAAAUUCCAGACCACUUCUACAGCGACAUGGGCUUCAACUACGCCCGUAUUGGUGGAGCCCAGAUGGAAGCUGGCGGCUGGGUUGAUGGUCUCGAGACGUACUACGCACGUUUCAACAAUACCAGGGACAAUUACUUCCAAGCCCGCAAAUUUGGGGCGAAAGUUAUCAUCCUACCUCACGAUAUCUGGGGCACUGAUCACGCGAAUCAGUCAUCCAAUUGGCCGGGCGAUAAUGGCGAUUGGACUGAUUACGACAAUUAUCUCAACCAAUUGAUUGGAGAUCUCAAGGCUAAUGACAUGCUGGAUGGUCUGGUGUAUGACACUUGGAAUGAACCCGAUGGCUCCUUUUGGGAUCGCUCGCAGGCGCAGUACCUGGAUCUCUGGUCUCGCACGUACAAUCGUAUCAGGUCAGACUCGGACUUGAAUGGAGUUUUGAUCAGUGGACCCUCCUACGCUUCUCAGCCCAACACCGGCAACGAUUGGUGGACCAAUUGGGUGCAACGUAUUGUGGCUGACAACACCAUCCCUGACCAGUAUACCUGGCAUGAUGAGCCCGGCGAUGUUGCCAACGAUGUCCCUCGCUGGGCCGAUAUCCGAAGUCAAUACAAUCUGCCCGACCGCGAGAUCAACAUCAACGAAUACGCCACCUUUAAUCAGCAAAUUUCCGCCGGAGCCGCCUGGUGGAUCUCUAGACUGGAACGCUACAAUCUCAGAGGUCUGAGAGGAAACUGGCUGUCUGGCUGGCAGUUACGUGACUUCCUCGCUAGUCUCUUGACUAAAACCGACACUAAUGAUUACACUGGUACUGGAUAUCAGGGCAACGGCGAGUUCAAUGUUUACAAAUACUACCACCAGAACAUGACUGGCGAGCGAGCAACCACUACUUCCACUGGCGACGGCGUCAUGGAUGUCUUCACCACCGUCGGCAGCGAUAAGGUCCGCGUUCUCACUGGUGUGCUCAAUCAACAGGGAACUUGGUAUAUCACCAUCUCCGGACUUUCCGCUGUGGGUCUGUCGUCGUCGGGCACUCUCAGCAUCCAGACUUGGGGCUUUGAUGAUGCAGGACACUUUGGCGCUGUGGCGGGUCCUUCUGAUCGUGGUGUUUAUGGACACCAAUAUGAUGGUGAUUCGGUCACUUUCCCAGUCUUCCAGACUUCACAGGAUGAGAAUACUGCUUGGGCAUUCGAGUUUGAUAUCUGA